CAGGCAGCCACUUCCUCCGCGCCAUCCCACGAAGUGCUGAUCAACGCUGCAUUCUCGGCGAGCCACACGCACACGCACUCUCGGCCAUGACGCGAACUCUGCGCGCCUCUGGCUCAUGCAACAUGCUUAGUCUAACACGCCCCCGAGCCGAACAUCGCCGAGGAGGAGACGGAGCAGGUCCCCGGCGCCGACCGCUACUUCGACACCCUGGAAGGCCCCGAGCUGGAGACGAUGAGGGCGACAGAGACGACGGUGCUGCCCAAGGACGAGAAGUGGCCGUUCCUGCUGCGGUUCCAUACCUGCUCAAGGUCGUGUUCUACUUUGAGGCGGUGCGGCGGGAGUUCUACCACCCGAUCCGCGCCGACUUCUUCGCGCCGUGGAUCGCCUGCCUCUUCCUCGUCCAGGGCGUGCCCCGGGCGGUGACGAAGGUGCACCACGGCGUCUGGUAUGCGCUCAUGACGCCAUGGCGGAGGCGGCGGCAUCAUGGUCGGGGAAGCGUGGGUGCCACGACUGGGGGCGGAGGCAACGACGAAGUUGGAGUAGGCCGUGGGAUGCCGCCGGCCUCGACGGGGUUCUCGCGGCGGCUGCAUCGCUCCCCCUGCCUCGUCCCCUUCAGCCGGCGACGAGGAUGCUGACGGUGGCGGCGUUGCCUCC